AUGGGGUGGAAUGUGUUUCGAUAUCUGGCGGACAUUUCCCAUGUCGCUUCGAUCGGGAUUCUAAUAUGGGCGAUUCACAAGAACAAGAGCGCUGAAGGCGUUUCACUCAUCACUCAGAUGCUUUACGGCCUCGUGUUUAUCACUCGCUAUCUCGACCUCUUCGAGACCAAAUCAGCAUGGAACCUGAUCUGGAAGAUUGUUUUCAUCACGAGUUCUAUCUAUGUGGUAGUCAUCAUGCUCAAGGUCUACCCUCGAACUAGGGAGAGGGAGCGAGCAUGGAAGUUCGGCAUCUAUUCAGUGGUCGGAUCUCUGGUCUUGGCGCCCCCGAUGGUUUGGAUCCUUGAACGACCGUGGCCAGUGGACUGGUUUAUGGAGUUGACCCGCGUUUUUUCCCUGAUCCUCGAGUCCGUUGCCAUCUUGCCGCAGCUCAUACUUCUGCGCCAAACCACCGUUCCCACUGUCAUCGAUUCUUUUUAUCUCGUGGCGCUCGGCUCGUACCGCGGCUUUUACAUCCUGAACUGGCUGGUGCGUGGGUUCGGCAAGGAACACUUCUGGGACCCACCAGCACUCGUUUGUGGAAUCGCCCAGGUGGCUUUCUACAUUGACUUUGCCUGGGUGUACUACUCGCGGCAGCGAGUCAAGCUCCGCAACGGAGCCAUUGUCGACUCGGACGAUUUUAGCAAGAGCUGGCUGGUCAACCGGGUCACGAACAUCCGUGUGGGACGGCAGUCAAACGAUGAAGAAGAACGUCUCCAUGACGCUGAAGAAGGGGAUGCAGCCCGCCCCAAUACUAACCGAUGGGGCUCUCGGGGCAUCUCAAUUGCUGCGGAUGAUACACUUGAGCAGCACGGGCAUGCUGUGGAGGACGACAAUCUUGAGGGCAUGUUAGAGGACGAGGAGGAUGUUGCGAAUACGCACAGCCGUACUUGA